AUAGCCGUAGUGAGCGUCUGCCCGGUAUUCUGAUUACAUAUCACAUACGCUCCCCACGCGUUUGCCCUGUUUGUAACUCUCUAUCAACCGGGCCUGCACGUAUAGUGACGUGCCGUGACGUAUGGCAGAGCGAACUUAUUCAUACGAUCCGGUGCCCGGCGCGCCAGUCAGCAACCGACCAACCAUGGAGAAGGGACAAUUGUGGCGGCAGUACGUCAUCGCUGGAGUCGCUAACAUAGCGAUAGCCUCAACAGGCUACUCCAUGGGUUGGACGUCUCCCGUUAACAUCAAGCUGAAGGACGCCAACCUGACGGAUUCCCCCCUACCUGCCCCCAUCACCUCUGGAGAAGAAGCUUGGAUCGGUUCUAUUCUCACACUUGGGGCUAUACUGGGCCCAUUCCUCGGAGGUCCCACAGCGUCCCGAAUCGGUCGCAAAUGGAGUCUGAUCGGAUCUUCCAUCCCUCUUUUCGCUGGAUGGAUCCUAAUAGCCGCCGCUACCUCUGUCCCUUUCCUGUACGCCGGUCGCUUCAUAUGGGGUGUCGGCGUAGGAUGGCUGUUUACCGUGUCGCCUAUGUAUUGCGCUGAGAUUGCCACGGACGACAGCAGAGGUGCCCUCGGCUCAUUCCUGCAAGCGUUCAUCACGAUCGGAUUCCUCCUGGUCUACGGAAUCGGCCCUUACAUCUCGUACAGCGCCGUCGCGUACGUCGGUGUCGCCUUCGUGGCAGUCUUUGAUUUGCUCUUCUUCUUCAUGCCUGAGACACCCAUGUACUAUUUGUCGAAGAACGACCGAGAAUCUGCUGCCGAAUGCUUGAUGAAGAUCCGUGGGCAAUCCCGGUCCGGCGUGGAGGCUGAACUGGACGUAAUGGCCAGCGAUGUGGCUGCCGCCAUGGCCAAGACUGCUACGAUCAUGGACGUGUUCCGUGGCAGCAACUUCAAGGCGUUCUACAUCUCUUGCGCGCUGGUGUUCUUCCAGCAGUUCUGCGGUAUCAACGCAGUUCUUUUCUACAUGACCAACAUCUUUGAGGCUGCCGGAUCUGGUCUUGAUUCGUCUAUUGCUACUAUUAUUAUUGGAGCUGUACAGGUGGGCGCUUCCUUCGUGACGCCAUUCGUCGUGGACCGGCUGGGGCGACGCAUGCUACUCUUGUUCUCGGCCUGUGGUACUACUAUUGGUCUGGUCCUUCUCGGCAUGUUCUUCCUCCUGGAUGAGCUGGAUAGCCCCGUGGUAUCCAGCAUCGGAUUCCUGCCCAUCCUGUCGCUCGUGGUCUUCAUAGUGACCUAUUGCGUGGGUCUCGGCCCGCUGCCUUGGGCGGUGAUGGGAGAGCUAUUCCCGAUCGAAGUCAAAGCACAAGCAGCUCCCAUAGCCACUGCUUUCUGCUGGACGCUGUCCUUCCUGGUCACUAGAUACUUCGGCCCCAUCUCUGAGGUGUUGGGCAUGUACGUAGCCUUCUGGAUCUUCGGUGUCUGCUGCAUUAUCGCCUUCUUCUUCACGCUGUUCCUGGUGCCCGAGACCAAGGGCAAGAGCUUCGCGGAGAUUCAGGAGAUGCUCUCUGGGAAGCCAUCCAAAGGGAAGGCGUAACCUCUCUACAGCAGAAUAAGUCAAGCUAUUUUCCACCGGCUGGCAACACCAGAAAGCGCCAACUUAUAUUUGCGGUCGGUCAAGUUAUGAGACGACGCAAAUACGCUUCUAGCCCUUUGACAAAACAACUAGUUCCUAUUUCUUCAGCAGCAAAGUUAUGAUGGCAGCUCUCCUAGUGACAUACAGUGCGACAUGAAAUCGUAUAAAUAAAGGUUUAUUCAUAUAAAAUUGUUGCCAUAUUAAGGUGAUUUAAGGUAGUGGGGGAAGAUUGAAGGGAUUCUGUUGCAGGGUAAGAUAGAAAAUCACCAUAUAGACAGAUAAAGUCCAAGAAAAAAGUACCUCAGAACCAUCAAUAUACCUAUGCUCGCCUAGAUGGCGCUACAACUUUGGUUGACUCUCAGCUAGAUGGCACUAAUAUAAAUAUUUGAAAACUUUAACACAUAUCAAGUCAAAAAUAUGGGCCAAAUUGUCAAAACUGUCGUUCAAAAGUUUUAAGACUUAAGCCUGUGUCGAGAGAUGGCAGUCUAUGCACUGUGACUACAGCAACUCGGUAUACCUAUAUACUAUAUAGGUACUCGAUCCUCUUUGGUUAUACUGAACCUAUUUCAUCUUAUCCCUUAAGAAAAACGCUCAAUCUUUCCCCACCUUACCUUAUGUUAAAAAAUAUACCUACAGUCGUACUUUAUGUUUUUCGUGACAUAUUCGGCCUCGCCGUUAGUUAAAGCUACUUUGUUGUGUUUUAUAUAAAGUUUAUAUUUAAAAGUUGUUAUGAGAGUGCGUAUUAUGUUUUAGCAAUAUUAUAAUAGUCCUAAUUAUAAUAGACCAAUAUUUUCACUUACAUUUCGUCGAUACCUUCUUACUGAAUUGUUACUAUGAC